AAGUGAUAAUCAGCUGAUUAGUUGGUUCAGGUGUGUCCCUCUAGCUAACCUGACAGAACUCUAAUGAUGCUAAGGGUCGCAACACUGAGGAAAUUCCCAUUAUCCUAUCCAGAUUCCUGAACUGGGUGGAUGGAGACUGAACCAAUGACCAAGUGAUCUUUCUCCCACCUCAGACUGCAAAAUUAGCACAACAAUGGACACUGCACUGAGACACAGUACAGCUAAUCAAUAUCAAACAUAAGGGAGGACUUUAUAAACAGAAAAAGAUGAUGCGGAGGAUGAGUUUAUUCCCCCGCAGGGGCACAGCUCUGGGAAACCUUGGGCUGACAGAAGAGGAGAUCAGAGACGAGGUUGAGAAUGACACAGAUGAAUUGGUUUCUGAGUUAGUUAAGCUGCCAACCAGGGGCAGAAUACAGGCCAUACGGGCCCUUCCUAUGAGUUUCCAUGAGAGGAGAAAUGUCAGGACCAGAGUGAUCUCUGUUAAACUCUCAGAGAAGCGCAUCCUCCCUACGUGUUGCACUGACUGCAGUCAGCAGGUCUCUCUGUUUUUCCGUAGGUUUGGUGCAGGUUUGGCCUCAGCCAGGCAGCAUUUGGUGCUGUGGCAAAACACUUUAAAGGAGAUAGGGGGCAGGUUCGGCACCUCUGUCGUCUCAUACUUCUACUUCCUGAAAUGGCUGCUCAAGUUCAACAUCGUGUCUCUCUUCAUCAACUUCUGCUUUAUUACCAUCCCGCAAAUUGUGCACUUUCCAAAUAUCACACAUCCCAUAGGCUUCCGAGGACUGGAGCUGCUCACAGGAGUGGGCUAUUUCAACCAGACAAUGUUCUUCUAUGGCGGCUAUGAUGGCAGUGUCAUCGAAACACAGCCCUCCUACAACAUGCAGCUGGCUUAUUUCUUCACCAUCGCAGCGUACCUGAUGCUCUGUGGAAUAUCCCUUAUAUACAGCAUGGCGAGCUCCUUUCAGAAGAACUUCGUGCUGACGGCCGGUCCCACUAACGGCGGCGCAUGGCGUCUUUUGUGCAGCUGGGAUUUCAGCGUUGUGAAUGAGAAAGCCAUCCAGAACCACAAAAACAACCUCGGCAUCCAGCUAAAGGAGUCGUUAUCUGAGCGACUGCAGGGGAAAGCUGUGGUAUCGGUGUCAGCUCGGCUCCAGCAGCUCUCCCUGCAGCUCCUGGCCUGGCUGCUGUCGUUAGGGCUCGCCCUGGGCUCCUGUGCAGCCAUUUACUUCCUGCAGUUAAACCAGAAACAACUGGUUCCCAGUGUAUCUGGUUCUGGGGAUGUAGAAGCUGAGGCUGCGACGCUGCUCGUACCUGUAGUAGUGUCUCUCAUCAACCUCAUCAUUCCUCUCCUUUAUUCAGUCAUUAAUAAAAUGGAGCAGUACAACAACCCUCGUACGGACGUCUACAUCAUCAUUCUGAGAAAUGUCCUGCUGAAAAUGUCCAUCCUGGGAAUCCUGUGCUACUACUGGCUAAAUGAAGUUCCCAGCACAGUUGAUUGUUGGGAGUCGUUUGUGGGUCAGAGUGUGUAUCGGCUGGUGGUGGUGGACUUCAUAUUCUGCCUGCUUGGCUCUUUCUUUGGAGAAUUUUUACGAAAUGUAAUUGGAACCAAAUGUAUUCGAAGUCUGGGCGUCCCGGAGUUUGAUAUUGCUACAAAUGUGCUGAAUCUUAUCUACGCACAGACACUGGCAUGGAUUGGAAUUUACUUUGUCCCGCUCCUUCCUGUCAUCCAAGUCAUUAAGUUGUUUAUUAUCUUUUACCUGAAGAGGGUCAGUCUGAGUAUGAACUGCCAGCCACCCAAGCGCACGGGCAGGGCAGCGCAGAUGCAGACUGUUUACAUCGCUAUUCUCUUCUUCCCCUCAUUCGUGGGAGCACUGUCUAUGGUGGCUUACACUGUGUGGAGUCUGCAUCCUUCUGAGCAGUGUGGACCGUUCCAGGGCCUCAGCACGCCGUUCCAUGCCAUUCAAAGCUGGAUGGACACAGUGAAAAAGAUUUCAGGAUCUCAGUGGGCCUGGUGGAUAUUUGAGCAUGUCGUGAAAAAUGAGCUCUUCUUCUACCUCAUCACUCUCAUCGUCCUAGUUUUCACUUACUUUGCCUGGCAAGUCACUCAGGGCCGAAAGCAGCUCAUCAAGAUCCUCCGAGAGCAGAUUGUUAAUGAGGGUAAAGACAAGGCCUUCCUGCUGAAUAGAUUACAGAGCGUCCAGAAACAGAACAAAGCUGCCAUGACCUUCAGGCCCCAGGAAUUAACAGAGACAACAUACUUCAACCAGAACUGGAUGAACACUUUUCCGCUGGAUAUGUAAACCAGGCUGUGUUUGUCAGACUGAGGCAGGAAAGGUUUGAACUUGGACGUUUGUUUGGCUACAGAAUCAGAAUCAGAGGGUUCAGGGUCCUAACAGACUGAAGCUCUGCACUGUUAAACUUUUACAGCAGUAACUCACCCAGUUCUACUCCUCUACUGUUCAUCAUUACUGCAGCUAUUACACUCUCAGUCCAGAAGGUGGCACGGGUUUCCUUACAGAUCACUCCUACUAAUGCACUUUUGGGGAUUUGUGUAAUAUUAGGUUGUGCUUCUUUUCUACAGAUUCAUGGUCAAAUAUUUUAGAGCACCCACAGUUUAAAAAAAAAAAAGUGGGAUAAAAUUAAGGGAAAUAUAAUAAAAAUAAAGUGUACUGCUGCGGGUGCUCUAAAACGUUUGAUCUGUAAUCUGUGUGUUUGUAUGUAUGAAUGUAUAUAUAUAUAUAUAUAUAUAUAUAUAUAUAUAUAUAUAUAUAUAUAUAUAUAUAUAUAUAUAUAUAUAUGAUUUAUCUGAACAAUCCUGCACACAUGUAGCACAGUCCUAGGACUUGUUAUAAAAAGAGUAUUUAUACAAAAAAAAAUAAUAUUCCAGACUUCCAUAUUUUCAUAUUUCAAUAUGACACAGCUAUGAACAAAUAAAACAAUAUUUAAACGACA